AUGCCUACAUUCACACUCCAAGCGUUACUUGCUCUGUCCUCUGCGGCAUCAGCCUGGCCACACUUUGGCCCACCCGGACCUCCCCUCCACUCCGGACCACCUUCUCCCCCGCCUCCCCCUAGCUCAAAGCCUUCUUCUUGGAACCUGAAGAAAUUCACCAGUCUUGUCGCUUUCGGGGACAGCUAUACUGAUGACUCUCGUCUCAGCUACUUUGGCUCCCACAACGGCAGCGCUCCACCAGUCGGCUGGAUCAGUCCAGCAAAUUAUCAUUCGGCAGACGGCGGUCGUCCCUGGCCUCAAUAUGUCGCUCAGUAUGCAGGUGCGAAUAUCUACAACUAUGCUGUCUCGGGAGCAGUUUGCAGCAACAAUAUCACUCCUCGCACAUUCUCUGCCAUUAAUGCCGACUUCCCUGAUGUCGAUGGCUAUGAGGUCCCUGCGUACCUUGCGGAUAGCAAGUACUCGUAUCCCAAUGGUACAAACGCAUUGAAUGUUCCCGUCGACUCAACCGUCUACUCCAUUUUCAUCGGUACCAAUGAUCUUGGCAACUAUGCCUUCAUCGACGACAGCCAGGUAGCUGGCAAAGUCAUCCCCGACUACAUUGAUUGUGUCUACGAGCAAUUCUCCCGCUUGUAUGCUUCAGGAGCCAGAUACUUUGUUCUCCAGAACGUCUCGCCUCUGCAGUUGAGUCCUCAGUACGGUCUGCCCAGCAAGGGCGGUUUGAACGCCACGCAAUACUGGCCUGAGAAGCCAGCCAACACGACAGAGGUCUGGGGCAGAAUGCUCGAGACCGUUACCACGGUCAAUGAUGUUUACAAGUACCGCACACCCUUCGAGAUCUUGAUCAACCGAAAGUAUCCCGGUGCCCACUUCGCUCUAAUGGAUAUGUUCGGUUUGAUCACCGACAUGUACAACAACCCCUCAGAGUAUCUGAAUGGCACAAACCCUACAGUGACUGGUUAUGUCAAUCACUGCACUACUGCUGGCACAAACUGUGUUGCUGCUUCUAACCCUGACUCGUACCUUUGGUAUGAUCCGCUGCACCCUAGCGAGCAAGCUGAGCGUGGCUUCGCAAGAGCGUUCAUUGAUGUGGUCGGUGGAAACAGCAAGUGGGCUACUUACUACUCUGCUUAAAAUCAGACAGUGCAUACACGAUGUUGAUAGUUUCUUUGAGUCGAAAUUUUAUGAAACGAUGAGACAUCAUGCUACAAUGAAAGGGGGCUACCUCCGCACUCCUGGCCGCCCGGUUACCAAAGGCUCUUUCGUGCAUUGGAGCAGAUUCCGCCAGCUAGUUCACUGCGACGAGAUGCUUGGGGGUAUGGACUCCAUAUACAUCAAGCUGACCUGAAUACGUGAAUUGGCUUUCACAGUCCUCUUCCGCCGCAAUCAGCCACCCACAAUUACCACUCAUGCUUGGCCCCGACGCGUCCUCCCAC